ACAAUAUAGUAAAAAUGUAUAAGUCGUUAAUUUAAAUUCAUUUGUUAUAACACGUGUUAGUGAAACUAUUUAUUAAGUUAUUGUUAAUUUUUAUACAAAUUUUUAAUAACAAAAAAUGCCACGAAAAUCAAUUAAUGAAAUGGUUACAAAGCAUGAUGACAAGACUCGUGGUCUUAUUGAAACAGUAUCACUUCAUUCACCACUUCGUAGAAGUUCAAGAAUUAAACAAAACCUUAAAAAAAAUGAUUCUUCACCUGAAUUGUCUCUAAAUGAUGUUAAUAAUAUACAAAUUCCAAGACAACAAAUAACUACUAUUGACAAUAUUAUUUCUAUUGAAAAUCAAAGAAAGUUACGUUCUAGAACAAAUAUUAUAUCAUCAGAUAUUAUUAAAGUCCUAGAAACAGAUAUUAGUACACCAAUAAAGAAAACUAGAAAUAAUCCUAAUAAUAAUAAAAUGACAGAUAGUCGAAGAAGUAAACAUUUUUUAAAAAUUGAAUCAGAAACAAAUUCACCAUCAGUAAAAAACGCAUAUAAUAUAAGAGCUAGUUCUGUGGAACUUGAAACUACAUCUGAUAAAUUAACAGAAAAACAAAACAAUGAAUUAAUAAAAACAUCUAUUAAAACAAAAAGGCAAUCUUUAUUAAUACCUUCAGAAAUAAUUGUUACAGAAGAGAAAGAAGAAUUAAUGAAACCUUCUAGAAUAACUUUAAAUCGUACAUUAUCCGAUAUUAAUGAAAAUAUACAAUCAGAUUCAAAAAGUUCUUUUAAAUCUAUACAAAAAAAUGAACCAUUGUCACUCCCAAUAAAUAAAUGUGAUCCAAGUAAUAAGAGUAUAUGUGAAGAACAUUUAAAUAACAUUGAUACUCUCACUGAUUUUGUUGAAGAAGUACUUGACACAAAAAAACAGCCAGAGGAAGAAUCUGUGCAAAAUGAAUCCAAUGAUUCAAUAAUAUUAAUAAAACAAUAUACGAACGAAUUAAAAUCUGAAAAAAAAUAUUCAAAUAAUAAAACAAUAACUAAAGAAUAUCAAGAAAAAUUUGAAGUUGAUGAUGAUUCUAAUACAAAUUUAUUUCAAGACAUUUCAGUUAUUGAAUGGAAAGAGAAAAACAAUGAAACUGAUAAAAAUUCUUUAAAUUUGUUAAAUGAAAAAAAUGAAAAGGAGAGUGAAUGUGAUCUUGUUUUAGUUGAUAAAGAGGCAUGGUUAUCUGCGGAAAAACUGAAAAAAAAUAAGAAAAAAACAUUUGAUUAUGAUUCAGAUGAUACUAUUGUAUUAAAAGUACAAAGAGAUUCCAUGAAAGCAGAAAAUGAUACAGAUAUAAUGAUGGAUAUGUCAGAAGAUACAUGUAAAUUAAAUAGUAGUAAAAAUAAAUCUUCUACUAGCAAUAAACAACAAACUAUGAAAAAUAAAAAUAAAGAAAAAAAAGAAGUAAAAAGUGAUAUGGAAGAUACAGAAGAAGAUAUAAAAUUACAAAGUAUAGAGAUAACAGAUCGAAAAUCAUUGAGAGAUAAAACAAGAAAAAAAUUGAAAAAAAAUUAUUCAAAAACAGCUAAUGUUUUAUCCGAUUCUGAAAGAAAUAAAGAUAUUUCUGACUCAGAUGACACACAAAAAAAAUUCAUGAAUAUACCUAAAUUUUUAUUUGCCGAAACCAGCGAUAGUGAGAACAAUGAUAGUGAAUCUAAUAAUAGUAUAGAUUCUGAUAUUCAGAAGGAAUAUAAUUUUCACGGUAAAAACAUUUCGAAGUUUUCCGAUGAUGAUAUACCAGGAGAUGAAUGUAGAGCAUCAGAGACAGAAUUAUCAGAUCUAGAUGAUAAUGGAUCAGAUAUGGCAGAUUUUAUAGCUGAUGAUGAUGAAAUUGAAGAAGAAGAAGAAGAAGAAAGUGAAAGUGAAGAGGAAGAAAAUGAAGAAAUUGAAAACAAAGAGAAGGAGAAUGAAGAAAAUGAAAGUGAAGAGAAAGAAAAUGAAGAAAUUGAAAUUGAAGAAAAGGAAGAUGAAGAAAGUGAAAGUGAAGAAAAAGAAGAUCAAGAAAUUGAAAUUGAAGAAAAAGAAGAUGGAGAAAGUGAAGAGAAAGAAGAUGAUGAGAAAGAAGAAAUUGAAAUUGAAGAAAAGCAAGACAAAAAACAUGAAGAGGAGAAAAAUGAAGAAAUUGAUGUUGAACUAGAUAUUAAAGAGAAUGUUAAAAAAAGUAAGAAAAAGGACAAAGAUAAAAAGCGAGAUCAGAAUAUUGAAAAAUCAUUAAAUGGAUCUCAAAUAAUAUUUAAUAAAAAAAUAAAAGAUCUUGAUGUCAAAAUCGAUAAUUCAAAUGCAAAAGAAAAUAUCAAUGAAUCAAUGGUAUAUAGUACUCCUAAAAUUAAUUUAUCUGAUAAAGAAAAAUUUAAUAUUAAAACUUAUAUUCAGAAAAAUUUGUCUCUUGAUGAGGAAAAAAGUAAAGAUAUAACGCUAAAGAAAAAAUCAAAAAAAUUAAAAAGCAAUGAAAGUCUUGCACAUAGAAGUCUUCCAUCUGAAUUAAUUGAAUUUGUAACAGAAACAAAUCUGUCAAGGCCAAUGUCAUCUAAAGUAUUAGGAUUAAACAAAACAACAUUAAUUUUGGGAAGCGACACACCUACAACAAGAUAUUUGAAGAAAGAUAAAUUAAAUGAAAGUGCACCAAUACUGAAAUCAGAUAUCAUGUUCAAAGAAUUAACGAAUACUAAUAGUAGUAAGGAAAACGAUCAAAUUGAAAAAGAAAAUGAAAACGACAAUGAAAAAAACAAAAAAAUAUCUAAAGAAGUAGAUGAUUCUUUAGAAAAAAAAUCACUUAAUGUUAUGGAUAAUAUAUUAGAAAAAGAUCUUCAAAAAAUGAAAAAAAAACGAAAGCAAUCAACAAUAAAGGAAAUAAUUGAUCCUAUAUUAUUUGAAAAUGAUUUUCAAUUGAAUAAACUUGAUACAAAAAUAGUAAAGAAAACUGAACAUUUUGUUCCUUUUAUUAAUACUGGUGAUAAUGAGACAAAAAAAGUAGAUAAGAUAAAAAAAAAGAAAAAGAAAACACAUGAUAUUAAUGUACAAAUGAAAGAAGAAGUAAUUAUUGAAGAUAUUAUUGAAAAUAAAUCGAAAAAUCUUGAUGAAGAAAUACUUAAUGAAGUAAAUAAAAAAAAGAAAAAAAAAAAUAUACUUGAAAACAUUUCAGAUUCAUCAAAUAUAAAUAAAGAAAAUAAUAUAAUAAAGAAAAAGGAACAACAAUCAGAAACCUAUCCAGAAUCCAAACCUAAAAAAAGAAAGAUAUUUGUAGAACAGGAUUUUAGUUUACCAAGUAAUUCUGGAAGUACUACUGAUUUUGAUGUCAUUGAUAUACAAAAGAUUAGACACAAAAAAAAUAUUUCAUUUCGAGAUAGAAUGCUUGCUAAAAAUCCAAGACAAUCUCUGUAG